AUGCGGGCCUCCCAACUCCGUCACUUACAAAGGCUAGUCCAGUUUCGGCGUUUGGCUUCUGAUGCGGACUCAAGGAGAGGCGACCAUGAGGUUUUGGACGGUUAUUACAUGACUCCGUUGAAUGACUCAGAUAUGCCCCAGAGAAGCAGGGUAAGCUUUCUCUCAACAGAAAUGACAGAGGCUAAACAGAUGGGUGUCCGAGCUCUGUCUUGUUAUGGAUUUCGUUUGAUGGACGGGAGUUUUCUGUAUGGGCCGGUGGCUUUAUUUCCGAGGACGGCGCUGUCGUGGCGUGUCCACACUCCGGACGACAUCACACCACGAUCCCUAAGCUUAUUCGCAAUGCUGGAGCCAAAAAUCGAUAUUCUCGUCAUUGGAGCUGGUGACAAGAAGAAUAUUGACAAAGUGAGAGCACAAAUUAUUGGUUUUCUGAGAGAACAUAAAAUCGGUCUGGAGAUUU